GCCAGAGUCUGGGCUCUCCGAGGACCGCGAGCAGCAGUGCCCAAAGCUCGGAGAAAGUCCCUGCUCUGCUUCUCAUAAAUUAAGUUCCUUUCCACCAGUUAGGGCAAGUCAGCCAAGGCUGAAAAUGACAACCUGUGCUAACCAACAGUGACAGCUGGGGUCCAAUGGCUGCCCUUGUAAUUCCACCCAUGAAUAAGGAUGUAAACAUUGCCUGACCUUUCCCUGAUGGGCAGCUAAAUCAUGGACAGACUAAAUUAUCUGCUUUGGACUGUAAUUCCAAAAGAUGCUUUGGCUUCUCUCUUGAAUGCAUACUGAGCCAUUGUAGGCCACAAAGACAGGAAGGACUGUGAACAGGAAGUGAUCUUACAAUGAAAAUUACGAGCACAUCUUGCAUCUGCCCAGUCCUCGUGUGUCUCUGUUUUGUGCAGAGGUGUUAUGGAACUGCUCACCACAACUCCAUCAAGGUGACCAGAAACCAAACCAAACACACCGAAGGGGAAACAGAAGUCCACCAUCGUCCGAAGAGGGGAUGGGUAUGGAACCAGUUCUUUGUUUUAGAAGAACAUAUGGGACCAGAUCCACAGUAUGUUGGAAAAUUACACUCCAACUCUGACAAAGGUGAUGGGUCUGUCAAGUACAUCCUCACUGGAGAAGGUGCUGGGACUAUCUUCAUCAUUGAUGACACCACGGGUGACAUCCACUCCACCAAAAGCCUGGACAGAGAGCAGAAGACUCACUAUGUGCUUCAUGCCCAAGCCAUUGACAGACGGACCAACAAGCCCCUUGAACCUGAGUCUGAGUUCAUCAUCAAAGUGCAAGAUAUCAAUGACAAUGCUCCAAAGUUCACAGAUGGACCAUAUAUUGUUACUGUUCCUGAAAUGUCAGAUAUGGGUACCUCUGUUCUUCAGGUGACAGCGACAGAUGCAGAUGACCCCACCUAUGGAAACAGCGCUCGAGUUGUUUACAGUAUCCUGCAAGGACAACCUUAUUUCUCUGUAGAUCCUAAAACAGGAGUCAUUAGAACAGCUUUGCACAACAUGGAUAGAGAAGCCAGAGAGCAUUACUCAGUGGUCAUUCAAGCCAAAGACAUGGCCGGGCAAGUUGGCGGACUUUCCGGAUCCACAACUGUCAAUAUAACCUUGACUGAUGUUAAUGACAACCCACCACGGUUCCCACAGAAACACUAUCAGCUGUAUGUCCCUGAGUCUGCUCAAGUUGGUUCAGCUGUUGGGAAAAUCAAGGCAAAUGAUGCAGACACAGGCUCAAAUGCAGACAUGACUUACUCCAUCACCAACGGAGACGGGGUGGGGAUAUUCUCCAUCUCCACUGACAAGGACACCAGAGAAGGAAUACUCUCCUUAAAGAAGCCACUGAAUUAUGAGAAAAAGAAGUCCUACACUCUCAACAUUGAAGGAGCAAAUACACACCUGGACUUCCGCUUUUCCCACUUGGGUCCAUUUAAAGAUGCCACCAUGUUGAAGAUCAUUGUUGGGGAUGUGGAUGAACCACCACUCUUUUCUAUGCCUUCCUAUGUCAUGGAAGUCUAUGAAAAUUCCAAGAUUGGGACAAUUGUUGGUACCGUCUUGGCACAGGAUCCAGACAGUGCAAAUAGUUUAGUGAGGUAUUUCAUCAACCAAAGUCCUGAAGAGGACAGAUUUUUCAAUAUUGACGCCAAUACUGGAACCAUUAAGACUUCAAAAGUUCUUGAUAGAGAAGAAACACCAUGGUACAAUAUAACAGUGACUGCUUCAGAAAACGACAAUCCGAGUUUGCUGAGCCAUGUCUCCGUGGGUAUUAGAGUUCUAGAUGUCAAUGACAAUCCACCCGAACUUGCCAGAGAAUAUGAUAUUGUUGUCUGUGAGAAUUCUAAACCUGGUCAGGUUAUUCACACCAUCACUGCCACUGAUAAAGAUGACUUUGCCAAUGGACCAAGAUUUAAUUUUUUUCUUGAUGAACGCCUACCCACGAACCCAAACUUCACACUUAAGGACAAUGAAGAUAACACAGCCAGCAUUCUGACCAGGCGGAGGAGAUUUAGUCGAACUAUGCAGGAUGUGUAUUAUCUGCCCAUUAUGAUCUCUGAUGGUGGAAUCCCCUCUCUCAGCAGCAGCAGUACCCUCACCAUCAGGGUUUGUGCAUGCGAGAGAGAUGGGCGCGUCCGGACCUGCCAUGCAGAAGCCUUCUUGUCCUCCGCUGGUUUGAGCACAGGAGCCCUAAUCGCUAUUCUUCUUUGUGUUGUCAUUCUCCUUGCCAUUGUGGUUCUCUUUAUCACCCUGAGGCGCAGCAAAAAAGAACCCUUGAUCAUUUCAGAGGAGGAUGUGCGGGAGAAUGUGGUCACAUAUGAUGAUGAGGGAGGUGGCGAGGAAGAUACUGAGGCCUUUGACAUCACAGCUUUGAGGAAUCCUUCUGCUGCAGAGGAGUUCAAGUACCGCAGAGACAUUAGGCCUGAAGUGAAGCUCACCCCUAGACACCAGUCGUUGUCCACCCUGGAGACUAUAGAUGUUCAGGAGUUUAUUAAGCAAAGACUGGCAGAAGCAGACCUGGACCCCAGUGUGCCCCCGUAUGACUCUCUUCAGACUUAUGCCUAUGAGGGUCAGAGGUCAGAAGCUGGGUCUAUCAGCUCACUGGACUCUGCAACUACGCAAUCAGACCAGGAUUAUCACUACCUUGGAGACUGGGGACCCGAGUUUAAAAAGUUAGCUGAACUUUAUGGAGAACUAGAAUCUGAAAGAACAACUUAGGGGGUCAAUUUUUGGAGCUUUGUAGAAUUUGCUUCCUGACCAAGUGGAGAUAUGACCUCAAUUUGAAAAGGAAGUUGAGCGGAAACAGUACUUGGAACUGAGCAAGCUGUACACAGCUCCUGUAGAAACAAGUGCCCUUUUUAUGAUCAAAAGUGGGUUAUUUAAUUGGAAGAAAGUCAGAUAUAAAAAAUAUACAGAGAAAAAGCUAUUGCUCCUUGUGUAUAUUUUCAAAUGCUCAAUAAAGUCUAUGGUACUGUUUAA